AUGCAUACUCAUGGUCCCACCAAGUCAGAGGGUAAUCUGACCCCUCCCCCCGGGUUUGAGGGGGCCAACCAGGGGGCUUCCCUGGUGCUUCCUCGGGCAGCUAGCCCGGGCUCUAGUCCCCGGAGUGAAAGGGGACCCCUGGCCCAGGGUAAUGCGACCCCCUCCCAGGGUACCGGGACCUCAGCCCAAGGAUAUGGGCCCCCCGGCAGCAUGGGUCAGAGCUGCCUCCCCGCCCACGAGAAUGGGCACCCCCAUGGCAGCCAGGGUCAAGGCUGCCCCCGGCCCAGGACUGGUCACCACCUAAGAGAUCAGUCACAACGCCCCUACCUCCACCCCAAACCCUCCUCCACACCCUCCAUACCCAUACCCGCGACCAGCAAUCCUCCCCUCCCAAUACCCUCCCCUCUCUCCCUGCCCGCGGCCAGCCAGCUCCCUCGCGCCCUUGCUGACUCGCCGGCCGCCAACUCUGCUGAGCCAUCGACGUGCCCCUCGCCGGCGCUCCUAGCCAGCAGACCCCCGCCCCUACAGACGCCCCCGCCUCCCCAAAGUCAACUAAGAGCCCUCCUGCCGAGUAACAAUCAAAGAGAACAUCUCGACCCCAACCGCCACUGGGAGGAAACAGCUCAGCAGCAGGUGCAAGGGGCUACCGCCCAACCCGCUGCCCCCCCUCCUCCAGCAGCACCACCAGUCAUCAUUAACAACUAUGCCGAACGAGCAAAAUCCACACAAAUUGAUGAAGACGGUUACACCAAGGUCAAGUCAAGAAAUCAGAGAAAAAGAGACAGAGAACACCAAACACCAAAGCCGUUAAAGGGAGCAGAUCGUCCUGACACAGUCUACCUUUUACAUCACCAGUUGUCACCCAGACACAAACGAAGAGGAUAUAGAAGAACAUCUAUCCGAAAAGUUUGA